AUGCACAUCAAAUCAUAACCUUUUUUCUUUGUUUCUAAACCAUAUCAGGUAAAAAAUAUUAUUAUAACAGAGUCCAGAUUGCUAUCCAAAUAGAUUGGAUAGUAGAGGUUCUUAAGUUGAUUUACUUAAAGUGUUUUUUUUAGAAUAAUUAGUCAGUGAUUUAAGAAAAGAUAAUCAAUAGUUAUUUGAUUAAAUGGAAGAAAUGAGAGUUAAAAAUUUUGAUAAAGAAAAUGAAUAUAUUAAUCAACUUAAAGAUUUACAAGAAUAAUUAUUUGAAACUUAAGCAGUGAACAAAAAUUAUGAAUAUUAAGUGUAAUUUUUACAAAUGAAAAUAUCUUAUCUAGAAUCAAAUCAUCGAAUAUUAGAUUAAUAAUUAACAAAUAGUACAGGUAUAUUUUAUUUCAGAUAUUCUUAUUAGAUUUAUUCAAUUCUAAAGUUCAAUCUGAAAGUGAAGAAUCAAAUUAACAAAUUCGAAGUCUCAAUAAUAUUUUAGAAUAAAAAAAUAUUAUUAUCAAAGAAUAUGAUGAUAUGAAAAAUAAAUUCAAAUUAAUUUAGCUUGAACAUUCAACUAAAGUUGAAUAACUGAACAUUGAAAUUCGAAAUCUAAAUAAAUAGAUUAAUAAAUUGGAACUUCAAUUGAUUAAUUAACAAAAAUAGGUUACUUUGUAUCAAAAUGAAUCUCAAUUAUGGCGAAGCAAAUUUUUAUAAUUAAAUAAAACUUAUAAUAAAAGUUCAGAGCAAUUAGUUUUAACUAAUGUUGAAUUGGAUACUGCUAAAAAAGAAAUCUAAAAAAUUAAUGAAUUACGAAAUAAAAGAAGAAGUGUCGGAAGUAUUGUUUGAUAC